CCGAGGCGGCGGGCGUCCGGGUGUCGGAGCCGCCUGGUCGGGGGUGGCCGCGCGCAGCUCUCCGGGCGGCGGCGGUAGCGGAGCAUGGACCGGAGAGCCGGCCGGGCAGUCCUGAAGUUGAGUUUGCGAGGCGACACGGCGGCGGCGGCCGCGCUGCUCCCGCUCCUCUGCCUCCCCAUGGACAUGCACUGCAAGGCCGACCCCUUCUCCGCGAUGCACCGGCACGGGGGUGUGAACCAGCUCGGGGGGGUGUUUGUGAAUGGCCGGCCCCUGCCUGACGUGGUGAGGCAGCGCAUCGUGGAGCUGGCCCACCAGGGUGUGCGGCCCUGCGACAUCUCCAGGCAGCUGCGGGUCAGCCACGGCUGUGUCAGCAAAAUCCUGGGCAGGUACUAUGAGACUGGCAGCAUCAAGCCUGGAGUGAUCGGUGGCUCGAAGCCCAAAGUGGCAACGCCCAAAGUGGUGGACAAGAUUGCUGAAUACAAGCGGCAGAACCCAACCAUGUUCGCCUGGGAGAUCCGUGACCGGCUCCUGGCUGAGGGCAUCUGCGACAAUGACACAGUGCCCAGCGUCUCUUCCAUCAACAGGAUCAUCCGGACCAAAGUUCAGCAGCCUUUCCACCCAACGCCGGAUGGGGCGGGGACGGGAGUGAGCGCCCCCGGCCACACCAUCGUUCCCAGCACGGCCUCCCCUCCUGUUUCCAGCGCCUCCAAUGACCCAGUGGGAUCCUACUCCAUCAAUGGGAUCCUGGGGAUCCCUCGCUCCAAUGGUGAGAAGAGGAAACGUGAUGAAGAUGUGUCGGAGGGCUCGGUCCCCAAUGGAGACUCCCAGAGCGGUGUGGACAGUUUGCGGAAGCACUUGCGAGCUGACACCUUCACCCAGCAGCAGCUGGAGGCUCUGGAUCGAGUCUUUGAGCGCCCGUCCUACCCUGAUGUCUUCCAGGCAUCAGAGCACAUCAAAUCAGAACAGGGGAAUGAGUACUCCCUCCCAGCACUGACCCCUGGGCUUGAUGAAGUCAAAUCGGGUCUGUCUGCGGCCGCCAACCCCGAGCUGGGCAGCAACGUGUCAGGCACACAGACGUACCCUGUCGUGACCGGUCGCGACAUGGCGAGCACCACUCUGCCUGGUUACCCCCCUCACGUGCCCCCCACUGGCCAGGGAAGCUACCCCACCUCCACCCUGGCAGGAAUGGUUCCUGGGAGCGAGUUCUCCGGCAACCCGUACAGCCACCCCCAGUACACGGCCUACAACGAGGCAUGGAGAUUCAGCAACCCCGCCUUACUAAGUUCCCCUUAUUAUUAUAGUGCCGCCCCCCGGGGCUCCGCCCUGCCGCUGCUGCCGCUGCCUAUGACCGCCACUAGUCACCGCGCGGACCACGUCCGGCUCCAGGCCGACGGCUUCGGCCUGCACAUCGUCCCCGUGUGACCGCCGCCGAGGAGCCUGGACGCGCCCCGCCCCGCCCGGCCCCA